AGGUCAUUCCUACGUUACACUAAGAUACAGUUUCUAAUACGUAGAUUGUAGGAGAUGGCUCUUCAGAGUAAUCUCCAAUUCGUUUCAACCUUUUUUUUAAUCUCAGUAAUAUGUGUAUUGAGUUUGGAGUUCAGAUACCACAGUCAAGAUGAAUUGGAACAGUUGUUGUAUGGAUUUGCUGAAAAUGUGAGGGAACCUUUGAAAGCUAAUGUGUAUUCUAUUGGUAAAUCUAAUAAAGGCCGAGAUCUUCUGGUGUUUGAACUGACUGCUGUCCAGAACGAUAUUGAAGUAGUUCCCAAUAUUCAACUCACAGCAAAUAUACAUGGAAAUGAACCCCCUGGAAGGGAAAUACUACUACAUUUUAUUGAGUACCUAAUCUCCAAUUACGACAAAAAUGAAAGAAUUCGCUGGUUACUGGAAACUACAAGAAUCCACAUUCUGCCAUGUUUGAAUCCAGAUGGUUGGAGUAUUGCCGAAAUUGGCGAUUGUUCUGGUAUAGUGGGAAGGUUAAACCAUAAUGACUUCGAUCUGAACAGGAAUUUUCCCAAUUUUGUUCCCGGCGAGGAGGAAGUGAUACAGAUGGAAACUGAAGCUAUAAUGCAGUGGAACAGGAAUAUUUCAUUUGUUUUAGCUGGUGAUCUGCAUGCUGGGGCUAUAGUUACCAUUUAUCCUUUUCAUAGAGUAACGAAAACUGAAUAUGGGUAUGACAGUGAAUCCAGUAUUACUCCAGAUGAUAAGACCUUCGAGCAUCUGGCCAUCGUUUACGCAAGGAAUAAUGAUGUGAUGUACCAGCAAACAAUUUUUUGUGAUAAUGAAACUUUUCCUGAGGGAAUAACUAGAGGAUCUUCCUGGUAUUAUUUUCUUGGAGGCAUGCAGGAUUAUAAUUACAUGGAACAUGGUACUAUGGGGUUGACUUUUGAGAUAUCUUGUUGUAAAUAUCCACUAGAAAAGAAUCUAUCAGACAUCUGGGAAGAAAAUAAGAAGUCUCUCAUUAUGUUUUGCUGUGAAGCCAAUCGAGGUGUCACAGCUCAUGUGACGGAUUCGACUACAGAUGAACCUAUAUCCAGAGCGAAUGCAACGAUUUUAGGAAUAGACAAAGUUCUUCACACCAACGAAGAUGGAAGAAUAUGGAAAAUACUGCCGCCAGGAAAAUAUCAUUUGAGGGUUGAAGCAGAAGGAUACGAAACUGUUCAAAACACCUUCAUUGUGUAUAACGAAGACGAGGAAUUCCCGAAUCUGACAAAAUUGGAAAUCGCAAUGAAUCGAUUCUAGUACAUUUAUUUGAGUGAACUUCAUGUGACCUGAAUAUUUAUUGCUCAUGAAAAUGCGAUAAGAUAUGUACAUAACUACUGUUCCUAUAAACGUACGAUAAGGCAUCUAGGAUAUACAUGGAAGUGUUGAAUGCUGGACGUAUAAAAAAGGAUAAGUAAUCAAUUAUGUAUUCGUUUCCUGUACAAUAUAGGUGUUUCAAUCUAUUUUUAUUUUCAAGUAUUAUGUUAGAAUUCUAUAAUUAUACCGUACUAAUUGA